CUUUAACUAAGUCAAGUUUGCGUAACUAUCUUUUUAUACAUAUAUUUUGAACAAUUAAAUUAAAUUAACACAUUGUUACCAUCCAUAUCAAUUUAUUGGCGUGCCAUAGCUAACUUAUUUUAGACUUUUCUCAGUGGUCUCGGAGUCAUCCUGCUUCCUGUAUCCUCUUUGCCACAAACCGACAGAUUGUACACAAUCAUCAUGGCGACGCAGGAUGGAGGUGAAGGAGCCGUAAUGGACACUGAGACUGAGGCAAAGCCAAAAGAAGCCGAGGCAUUUGGUGAAAACGAGGAAAAGGCCGAUGCAGAAUCUUCAUCUCUCACAGAUGCAGGAAAUGCCACAACUCAGGACUCUAGUAUUAGCAAUGGCGACGACGCAGACGACAAGCAGGAGAUGGUGGACUUGAAGAUUAUCUGGAACAAGAACAAAUACGACCUGAAAAUUCCUGUCGACAGUACCGGAGCCAAGCUAAAAGAGAGGAUCCAUGCACUCACUGGUCUUCCACCAGCAAUGCAGAAAGUGAUGUACAAAGGACUGCUUCCGGAGGAUAAGACGCUACGUGACAUAAAGGUUACAAAUGGGGCAAAAAUAAUGGUGGUCGGAUCUACAAUAAAUGAUGUAUUAGCUGUUAACACACCGAAAGAGGUUAUUCAGCAGGAAGUUAAAGCCGAGGAAAACAAGAAAGAGCCCUUAUGCAGGCAAAAGCAACACAGGAAAGUAUUGGACAAAGGUAAACCAGAAGAUAUAAUGCCAGCUAUCAAAGGAACAAAGGAACGAUUACCAACAGUGCCUUUAUCUGGAAUGUUUAACAAAUCCGGAGGAAAAGUAAGACUCACAUUCAAACUGGAGCAAGAUCAGUUGUGGAUCGGAACAAAAGAGAGAACAGAGAAAGUUCCAAUGGGCUCUAUUAAAAAUGUAGUGUCCGAACCCAUCGAAGGCCAUGAGGACUAUCACAUGAUGGCUUUUCAGUUGGGUCCAACGGAAGCCUCUCAGUAUUGGGUCUACUGGGUGCCUGCACAGUUUGUCGAUGCAAUCAAAGACACAGUCCUUGGAAAAUGGCAGUAUUUCUAAUGUGCCUCUUUUUUUGACAAUGAUGAACUGGGAUGGAGAGGAGGAGCCAAUAAAAAAAAAAAAUAAAAAAAAA